GCCGCUCCUGCCAAGCAGUGGAUGCUGCUAUGGUGUGUGCGCCGUCCAAUCCUUCGCGGUGAUUGCUCGUGUUUAUCGAAGAGGAGAAGUCAACAGCCGGGGUGUUUACGCAUUGGAGAAUAUGAGUAAAGUGGACGCAGCAUGUCGUCCCAGCGCCUCUCUCAAGUUCACCAUUGACAACAUCCUCAACCUGAAGACAAGCGGGCGCGCCGGUGACCGCUGUCACCCCCAGCGAGAGCGCGAUGUCUCGGCCACCGCGACGUGUAAAGGCCGCAUUCCGCCGAGCCACCUGGAGGGGUCCGGAGCCCAUCGCAGGCAGCGAUCGGACGAAAGUGACUCGGCCACCGACAAGGGCCGCGCUGUGGAGGAGGUGCGCUUUGAGAGCGGGGACAGCAGCUGCGACGACUGCAGCUCCACCACCACCUCCACCACCACCACCAUCACCACCACCACCACCACCACCACGGAGCCUCUUAAAGCGGACAGUUCCGCCAAGAAGAGCAAAAUGAUCACGAAAAAGAAAACGCGCACCAUUUUUUCCAAGAGACAGAUCUUCCAGUUGGAGUCUACGUUCGACAUGAAGCGCUACCUGAGCAGCGCCGAGCGCGCCUGUCUCGCCAGCUCUCUGCAGCUCACCGAAACCCAGGUGAAAAUAUGGUUCCAGAACCGCAGGAAUAAGUUGAAACGGCAAAUCUCGAGUGAAAUCGACGGGCCGCUCAGCGACUUCCCAGAGACGGUGAAGCCCGUGGUGGUGGGUCAGCUACCGGCCUUGUACAAGGAGGGCAGCCUGCUGGGGAGGUGCCUCGUGCCCAUGCCGUUGCCCGUCGUCUACCAGGGUUCGAACACGCCUUACCUCUGUUUCUCCAACACCAGCAAGUACUUCAGCCUCUAUGACGGGGACGUAUGACGCGGUCACCGAGCCUGCGUGUGCAAACAGACACUUUUUUGUUUGUGCCAACUGGAGCAUUUAUGGCGUUAAGCCUACAGUUCAAAGGGCCGGACACUGGCCCAAAGUGUUCAAAAGAAGGAUGCAAGAAGUAGGAACAUAUCACACACGAGCUGUUUUUUUGGGUAUUAUUUAUUUAUUAGCCUGGCUUUUGUGUAGGCCUAGCACUUAAGACAAAAACAAGAUAUAUGUAGCAGGCCUAUAGCAAAUGGUAGCCUGGCCGUGCAUGGCCUACAUCACUAACAUCUUAUAUUGUUUACAUGAUAGUCCAUUAUCAUUGUUAUUAUCAUCAUGAUUAUUAUUAUUAUUAUUAUUAUUACUAUUCUCAACAACAGCCUAUGCCACCAAAGAAAUUAAUACACCUUGCAUGCAAUUCCAAUAUAACGACUUUUGGAUUACAGAAAUUAUGUAUUUAAAUGAAUGUCAUUAACAUUUUAUUCACGCAUGUCUAUUUUUUUUUCCUUAAGUAUAUCUUACACUUACGUUAUUCUACAUUUGCCUUUAGGCUCAUUACAGCAUUUACUGCAACUGUAAU